AUGGGCUGCUGCGGAUCGGCGACCGGGGCAGCCGCGGCGUGCCCCCAGGACGAGACCUGGACCUACACGCCGCCGAACGGCAAGGACAUCGUGGCCCGCAGCGCGCCCUCCUUCCAGGCCAGGAGGACCGGCCGACGUCUGGCCCCGGGCGAGACGUUCGCGGUGACGCAGACGAAGAAGGUUGGCGAGGUGACCUUCCUCCGGCUGGCCGGGGGCGAGGGCUGGCUCUUCGACGCGAUGCCCGGCGUGGGCACCGUCGCCACGAGGGCCGCCGCGCCAGCUCCGCCCGUGGCGCCGGGGGGCGAUGCGGCCUCGGCGGCCUCCUCUGCUCGGUCGCCGCCUCUGCUGCAAGAGGAGAGGCAUGGGGUCGCCCCCGCUGCCGCGGCGGAAGACUAUCCUCUGCACGCACGGGAUGCCUUUGAUGAACACCUCGUUCGAGUCGGUGACAGGAGUAGGAUUGACGAUGUGGGCGUAAAUGAUGAUCUGGCGUGCUGGUCUUGCCAGUGCGUUUCCUAG